AAAAAGACAAGGGUGAAGGAGAGAAGAAAUAGACGAAAAUAUGUAGAGAAAAUAUGGAAGAGAUGAGAGAAUGAAGCUGCGCUGAGAGUGCACCGGAGAGGGAGUGGGAGGAAGGGAGGUUUGUGGUUGGUGCUCUGGUAUGUGACGUCAGCGGCUUGUUGGAUUGAGGUGCUGUGUCCUGCUGAUUUUAAUCCUAACUCAUUAAGGAACAGAGAGCAAGUGCCUGUGCAAGUCCUCUGGGGAAAGAGAGAAAGUGACAAGGGAAGGAAGGAACACCUAACAAUUCAUCAAGAGAGAUAAGAAGCUAAUUUAUGGUUUGAGAGGCAGAAGGAGGGAGAAAUCAAGCAUUUUAUUUUUGCUUUUCAGUCUCAUGACUGCUUUCCCUCAUUACCCUUUCCCUCGUUUGUCCUGAGUCUUUACUUUCAAUCUUAACGUGUGGCCUGUUCAAGCAUGCCCACAAACGGAAUUAACAGGGCCCUGAAGCUGCAGUUUGGCCUCAUUAACUAUGAGAAUCGCUACCUGACGGCGGAGGCCUUUGGCUUCAAGGUGAAUGCCUCUGGCACCAGCAUGAAGAAGAAACAGAUCUGGACCUUGGAGCAGAACGAGCAAGAUGGCCAAGUAGUGUUCCUCCGCAGCCACCUGGGACGCUAUCUGGCCUCUGACAAAGAUGGAAAGAUCUCGUGUGGGGCUGAGAAGCCUGACCCCGACUGCCGUUUCCUUAUUGUGGCCCAAUCUGAUGGUCGCUGGGCACUGCAAUCAGAGCCUUACCUGCGUUACUUUGGCGGCUCGGCCGACUACCUGACCUGCUUUGCUCAAGUCGUUGGGGAACAAGAACUGUGGGCUGUCCAUUUGGCUUUACACCCACAGGCCAGUCUUCUCAGUGUGGCACGUAAGCGCUAUGCCCAUCUGUCUGCUUCAGAUGGAGAGAUCUCUGUGGACAGCAACAUUCCCUGGGGAGUGGACUCCCUGGUCACCUUGGUAUACCUAGAUGGCAAGUACAGCCUGAAGACCUGUGACAGCCGGUUCCUCAGCAAUGAUGGCAAACUGGUGAAGGAGAACACCAAUAAUACUAGCUUCACUCUGGAGCUGAAAUCUGGCAAGCUGGCCUUUAAGGACUGCGAUGGGAAAUAUCUGACCCCAAUAGGACCCACAGGAACACUGCGUUCUGGCCGGUGCUCCAAGCCUGGAAAAGACGAGCUGUUUGAUCUAGAGGAGAGUCAUCCACAAGUAGUUUUUCAAGCCGCCAAUAGAAGAUUUGUCUCAGUCAAGCAAGGAGUGAGUGUUUCAGCCAAUCAAGACGUGGAGACAGACAUGGAGACCUUCCAGAUGGAGAUUGAUAAGGAGAGCAAAAAGGCUAUGUUCAGGACCAACGGAGGAUCCUACUGGACUCUCGUGACUCACGGAGAGAUCCAGUCGACUGCCACAGAAGUAGAGAUCAACACAAUGUUUGACAUUGAGUGGCGAGGGCAGAGGGUUGCACUCAAAGCACGUAAUGGAAAGUAUGUGUAUACAAAGAAGAAUGGGCAGCUCUCAGCGGUCAGUGAUGCAGUGGGUGAUGAUGAAUUAUUCCUGAUGAAACUCAUCAACCGCCCUAUGCUGAUCCUCCAUGGAGAAAACGGCUUUGUGUGUCACCACAAGAACUCCAACACUCUGGAUGCAAAUCGAUCCGUCUACGACAUUUUCUCAUUGAUUUUCAACGACGGCGCCUACAACGUAAAAAGUGUGAAUGGAAAGUUCUGGUACGUCUCUAGCAGUGGCCUCGUGUGCUCAGACGGAGAGAAGCCAGAGGACUUUUUCCUUGAGUUCCUGGAACAUGGACGCGUCGCCAUCAAAGGCUCUAAUGGCAAGUACCUUCGUGGAGACCAGGGCGGCACACUUAUGGGUGUUGGUACAUCUGUUGAUGCAUCCUCUCUCUGGGAGUUCUGAUCCCCUAAAUAAGGGUCUUCAAAUAAUGCCGAAGAUGCGGGUGCAGAACCGGCUUCUAUCAGCUCAUACGAAGCGGACUGACCGGGUAAUAUUUUCCUGCCUGUUUUUAUACUAGCUGCCAGGUGCCCAAUCCCAGGGUUUGUUUUUAUAAAUUGGGAAGAUGUGAAUGCUAGACAGGUAUGUGUGUGUGGGUUUUUUUCUUCUUCUUGUAAAUGUUUUGUCUUUUCAAAUGGCAAUGCCAACAUCAAGCAACACAUACUGCUUGAAAAUGUGUUAUUUCACAAAUAAUGGAAUAGUGACUGUCCCAAUGCUUUCAGACACAUUUUGUUCAAUGCAGGUACAGUGACAAAAUAUAUCAGCCACACUGGUCAGUCAUUGAACAGAGAGAGAUUUAAAAGUUAACAAGUGUGUUGCUCCAUAACUUGGUUUGUCGCUCCCUUUGACACAUUUCCUGUUAAGCCUUUUUUCAGAAACCCUGUCGAUGAAUGGAAAGAAAAAUCCACUGGGAAUAUGACAAAAUAUCUCGCAGCCCUGACAACGUUCACAAAACUAAUUGAAAAUCAGUUAUAGACAAUGAUAAAUCAGUGUGGCUAUGUCCUAAGAUUUAGUGAAUAAAAAUUACCUUAAUUUGGUUUAGGUAAGGAUUAGUUGACUAUGGCUGGAUCUUACAUGUUACUUCUAUAAACUAUGUUUACCCCAACAUGUUUGUUUGUUUUUUACAGCUUUUGAAUGAUUUUAAUACUCUGACAUGUUCUGUGAGAACAGUAAAGUCAUUGACGCAACUCCAGGCAAAGGUAAUGCGUCGUUAACUUCAAGGACAGCGAACGGCUAGUGCCAGAGGCAAUUUCAUUUAUCUUAAUGGACCGUUUAGAGUUUUCAUUAAGGCACAAUAUAAAGCAAAUAAAGUGAACAGCAGCAAUUAGACUGUACUGUAUCAGGCACCUCUUUAAUCCUGAGCAACGUACUGUAAGUCCAAAGAGGACUUGAGUCAGUAUCACUGCUGAAAAACGCAGAAAUGCAUUUUUUAAUAUAGAUAGGUAAUCAAUACAGAAAUGUAUUCUGAAGAAGUCAUGUUCAGGAGCAAAUAUAAGUAUAGAUGUCAAAUAUCCAUGUCAGGGACCAGCAAUAAACCAAAGGGGGAGCACAUUUAAAGUAUCUGAUCCACUAUAAAUCUUUUUUAAUGAACCAGGUAUGAACGUGCUUCGCUUGUGUUCUACCUAGGGGCCUUAAACCACACUGCACACUGUAUUCUUUUAUACACUGUUCUUAUGUUCAGAGUUGGCUGGUAACAUGAAAAAAAUAUGAUGGAUGUUGAUAACAUUUUUGAUUAAGUACGAUUACUUACUGUUAGACAAAUCCUUAUACCAUAUAAAACAGUGAAAUCCUAUAAAACAUGCAGAAGCAAACGUGUUUGGAUACAAAUCUUAGAGUAAGGCUCGUCCCUUUUACCCACACUCAAGAUGUUAAGAUUCAGUGAUUUAAUUUAGGAAAUGAGUGUUUUCAUUUGUUUUCUCAUGAACAACUGUCUAACUUCCACAUCUCUGACCAUUUUUAUCAGAUACCUGAUCAGAAAAUACUGGACCACAAAUAUAAAAGGUCAGCUUUGACACGGGCGCACCUUAAAUAAAUUGGGAAGUGAAUGCAGAUUAAUCUAAUCACUGUGUGUUGUAGCAAUCCUUUCCCCAAAUUGGAAGAUCCCUGUUUUUACUUGAUACAACUCCUAAAAUAUCAGUGACAUUGAUUUGGAUUUAUCUCAUCGCUGAGGUAAUGUGCAGUUUUAAAAAUAAUAUCAGAACAUGUAUUUUUGCAUCAGAUGAUAACUAUCUGUAAGGGCUUAUUUAAGCCAUUUCCUCACUCAUACAUGGUAGUUGAAGUAAAUACACAACAGCCGAACAACAACAGCGGUUGAUGACGCAUGGCGUACCAUUACGUUAACCGUCACAGCAGCGGGGCAUAAAUCACUUGUUCCGCCCAUUAAUAAGCCUAAUACAUCAUCCUUGGGUGGGAAUGAAAAGUGCUUGAAUCCAAGCUGCAGCCAUCUUUGCUAUAUGCCCUUGCCAUUGACAUGCCAAUCAAUAACGUUACGUGAUGCAUCGCCUCUGGCCAAUGUUGUUUAAUGUUCCACUUUUUUUUGUUUCUCAAGGAACUGCUUAUCAAAAACUAAGCAAACUUAAAAGUCACCACUGCACUUCCUUGGGUCCUCAGGAGAGAAAAGUGAUGGACAGACAGACCAAAAGACGGAUAGAGAGUCAUCCAUUUAUAGUGAAACGUUUCACUUUUGACAGCCAGGCUAUCUCCUAAUGCCCUCUGCUUCCAGUAGUUGUGCAUUGCCAUCAACGUCCCACUGAUAAUUGUAUGAAUCUAACUCUGGAUAAGACAGCAGAAAUAUUAAUUCCACAACAAACUACAGAGUUCCUCUGAAGAACCAACCUCACGCUGCUUUUAAGGGCACAAGAUAAGAGAGCCGUGGUUGGAGAUGUCACGUCACAGUGACAUCACUGUACACAUUUCCAUUAUGUCCAUUAUUCAACGACAAUGCUCGGGAAGAGAAGGGGGAGUUUGACCAUGUUUCAUCUGGUCAGAUACUGAAUUGGUGACACUUAUUUCUGGUGCCCACUCUGAAUCCGUGGUGAUGCUGGGUUAAAGAUGUGCAUGAAGCAUUGACAUUUUAGAUUUUGUAGAUUUCUUUGGAGCAAAAAUACAUAUUUGAAGCAUUGUCUGCUGUCAUGCGACAAUAUUGUGUUCUAUCAGAAUCAGCCUUAUUGGCCAAGCAUGUGAGUACCUAUAAGGAAUUUGACUAUGUUUUUCUGUUCUCUCAAUGACCUUAUACUCUAACACAGCAGAUGAGAGAGCCUUACCAAUGUUAUUUAUGUAUCCCUAUAACAAAAAGAAUACAUUUGCCUCAAGGGGCUUCACAAUCUGUACAGCAAACAACAUCCUCUUUCAUUAGGCUUGGAUGAAAAAAAAGUCCCAUUAAUGGGCAAAAUGGAAAAGAAACCAGGUGAAUACAGACACAACUUGACAGUGUGGUGAAGAGACACUGACAUGAAACUGAGAGGCGGUACUUCCAGUUUGAAACAAAUGUUGGUGUGUAGUACAGAGGACUACCUGAACCUGUACACAAUUAAUCAUGUAGAUGUUCGUCAGCUAUCUCCCAGGAAUAAAAUAAAAUCUGCAGUAGUUCAAGUAUAGUAUAUAAACCAAUGGCUGUUUGAUGUGACAUUUGCAUUUAAUAGAGAAACUUUUUUAGAAAGCAAGGUCCACAAGGCUUGCUUACUCAUGCAUCCUGUAUCAGCUCUAUAUAGAGUCUCUGGCCAUAUUUUAGAAUGUAUUUAAAAUAUAUUUAGAUGUUUGUUGUAUUACCAUUUUUUUUUGGCUGAUAUGAUUUUUGAAAAUGUUGAUAACAAUAAACACUUGACAACACA